AUGAGUCCCCCCUCAGUAUACGGUCCCACGAGCGCGGCGCUCCCGAGCUCCAGCUUGGACGCGAAUCCCAUCAUUGACGCUGCUACCGUGCAGGAUUUGGACAAUGACGAUUCAACUCUCAAGACUGUGGACGAGCUGGUCCGCCGGCGCGCCCGGUCGAAACCUGACCAAGUCAUUGUGUCUUACCCUUCUUCGGGUAUCACAUAUGUCGACUACACGAUGAGGCAGCUCGACGUUUUUGCCUACCGUGUUGCAAAGUUCUAUGAGCAGCGCAUCCCUAGCCGUCCCAACUCAGAUGAGAAGCCCACGACAGUGGCUGUUCUUGGCCCCUCCAACUUUGACUACCUCGUCACCAUGCUGGCCUUGACCAAGCUUGGACACACGACGCUCUUCUUGUCAACAAGAAUCUCACAGGAGGCCAUCGAGUCUCUCAUCAGCGUUACAGGUGCCAAGUUCCUGUUGGCUGACAAGAGGUACCUCGAGACGGCCGAGGGAGCCAAGCAGACUCUGCCUCAUCUUGAUGUCUUUGAGAUUGCCGGCCAGUCAACGUUUGACUUCCCCAUCGAAGUCCAUGCUGAUACCCGUCUGGAUUAUGGUCGUGAUCUCUCAGUUGAGACCAACAACCUGAUCUACAUCAUUCACUCUAGUGGCUCGACUGGCUUGCCCAAGCCCAUUUACCAGACUCAAAAGUCGGCCAUCCACAACUACUCCAGCAGCAUGAACAUGAAGGCCUUCAUCACACUACCCCUGUACCACAACCACGGUAUCUGCAAUCUGUACCGCGCCAUCUACUGCGGAAAGCCCAUCCACCUGUACAACGCGGAUCUCCCGUUGACCAGAGAGCACCUCACAAGCAUCAUGCGCAAGCACAACUUUGAAAUCUUCUACGGCGUGCCCUACGCGCUCAAGCUCCUCGCAGAGACAGACGAGGGCAUGGACCUGCUCCGCCAGCUUAAGAUCGUCAUGUACGGCGGCUCCGCUUGCCCCGACGACCUCGGCGACACCCUCGUCAACAACGGCGUCAACCUCGUCGGCCACUACGGCGCAACUGAGGUCGGUCAGCUCAUGACGUCUUUCCGCCCUCCCAACGACAAGGUCUGGAACUAUGUUCGCGAGCAUGAGAAGCUCGCGCCGUACCUCAAGUGGAUUCCUCGCGGUCCGAACCUGUUUGAGUGCUGCGUCCUGCCCGGCUGGCCUGCCAAGGUAGCCACGAAUCAGGAGGAUGGAUCGUACUGCACAAAGGAUCUGUUUGAGCCUCACCCGACGAUCCCCAAGGCGUGGAAGUACAUUGCCAGACUUGACGACACCAUUGCACUCGUCAACGGCGAGAAGUUCAACCCCGUCCACAUGGAGGGCACGAUCCGCUCCAACAAGAACAUCACAGAGUGCGUCAUCUUCGGCGUCGGUCGCCCAUCUCUUGGUGCCCUCGUCGUUCCAGCUGCGGCGCUGGCUGGCAAGAGCAAUGAUGAGAUUCUUGAGAUUGUUUGGCCCGUAGUCGAGAGCGCGAGCAAGUCCGUUGAGGCCUAUGCCCGUGUCUCCAAGAACAUGAUCAAGCUUCUCCCUUACGACUGCGAGUAUCCCAGAACCGACAAGGGCAGCGUCAUUCGCCAGGCCUUCUACAAGCGGUACGCUAAGGAUAUUGACGAGGUCUACGACAAUGCAGACGCGGCCAGCGGCGACUUGAAGAAGUUUAGCGUUCCUGAGUUGCAAGAUUUCAUCCGCCAGGGCCUCGUCCAGACUCUUUCAAAGAAGGUCCAGCUGGAUGACGAUACCGACUUCUUCUCACUUGGUCUCGACUCCCUGCAGGCUAUCCAAAUGCGUUCCGAUAUCCUGAGGACGGUUGACAUUGGCGACAACAAGCUUGGCCAGACUGUUGUGUUUGAUCAUCCGUCGAUCAACAAGUUGAGCGCUUACCUUUACAGUCUCGGUACUGGAGAGGGCGUUCAGGCCGAUGUUCCCAUCGAAAGCGAGAUGCAAGAGCUUAUUGACAAGUACGGCAACUUUGGUCCCAUCGAGUCGGCUCCUAGAUCCUCAGUCGCCGUCACCGGCGCUACUGGUUCUCUCGGAGCGCAUAUUGUCACCAAGCUUGCCGCAGACCCGACCAUCAAGACCAUCUACUGCUUCACCCGUGCAAGCUCUGACGCCGACGCAGUCCGCCGCGUCAACAGGUCCCUCAUCCAACGCAGGCUCUACCACGCGCUGCCCGCCUCCUCCCGCAGAAAGCUCGUCGCACUGUCCACUGACCUCGCCGAUGCCAAGCUCGGUCUCUCCGACGAACUAUACCGCCAGGUCAAGCAGGAUCUCCGCCUCGUCAUCCACGCCGCCUGGUCAGUCAACUUCAACAUGCGCCUCUCAAGUUUCGCAAAGGGCAACAUUGCUGGCGUCAACCACCUGAUCGCCCUGUGCAAGGCCGCCGGCGACGUCGAGACCGGAGCAUCUUCUCCUGCCUCGUUCAACUUCUGCUCUUCCGUUAGCACCGUCGCGCGCGCGACGACGACCCCCGUCCCCGAAUCCGUCCCCGAUCUCGAAUGGGCUCAGGGUAUGGGAUACGCCCAGUCCAAGGUCGUCGCCGAGCACCUCUGCGCCAAGGCAACCAAGGCCGGAAUCAAGUCCCGCGUCCUGCGCAUCGGCCAGAUCGUCGCAGACACCCAACACGGCGUCUGGAACGCAACGGAAGCCAUUCCCCUCAUGCUCCAAACGGCAAUCACCGUCGGCGCCCUCCCCAAACUCCAAGAGACACCCUCCUGGCUGCCUGUAGACACCGUCGCGCAAGGCGUCAUCGACAUCUCCCUCUCUGACGCAGACGGCGUCUUCACUAACGUCGCGAACCCCAAGAUGUUCAGCUGGACCAACGAUCUCCUCCCUGCCCUCAAGGCCGCUGGCCUCGAGUUCGAAGAGGUCGAGCCCAAGGAGUGGAUUCGUCGCCUGCGCGCCUCGAACCCGGACCCCGCCGCCAACCCGCCCAUCAAGCUCGUCGACUUCUUCGCGUCAAAGUACGACAAGGACGAGUUCUCGCCGUCCAAGACGUACGUCACCGACAACGCCUGCUCUCUCUCACCCGCGCUCGCUCAGGCGCCCGUGUUGGAUCAGAAGCUUGUCAACAACUUUGUCCGAUACUUCAAGGCCAACCACUGGGUCAAGAAGAACGAGGGCUCAGCCAAGACGGUCGUUAUGGUUGCGGGCCCUUGCGGCAGCGGAAAGUCUACCCUGGCUACCUCUCUGGCCUCCUCGCUCAAGGCACCCUUCAUCGAGGGCGACUCUCUGCAUUCCAAGGCAUCGAUCGAGAAGAUGGGUAGCAAUGUCGCCUUGACUGACGAGGAUCGGUCUCUAUGGCUUAGCCGCAUUGGCAAGAGGGCGUCUGAAGCCCUCGGAGAUCUGGGCUACGACUCUGUCGUUGUCAGCUGCUCGGCUCUGAGGAAGUCGUACCGCGAUACCCUGCGAAGCGUCUUUGCAGAGCAGGAGGGCGUCGAGGUUGUCUUCCUGGACCUCCAGGCCAGUCCUGAGACGCUUGUGCAAAGGAUGAAUCAGCGCAAGGGUCACUACAUGCUGGCGAGCAUGGUAGAGGGACAGGUUGAGGUGUAUGAGGCUGCGGGUGUCGCGGAGUUGGAUGUCCUCCCCAUCGAGGCUGAGGGCACGCCGGAAGAAGUGUUUGAAGAGGCCAAGUGGUUGCUUGAACAGAUUGGACUGAACUGA